AAAGGUCACGUAGAGCCUACAUCCCCCAUGAUGCCCCGGGGGGAAAGGCCACGUAGAGCCCACAUCCCCCAUGAUGCAAUUGUGCCGGGGCAACUCCCGUGAUGCUGCGAGGCCAAAAUGCCGAUUGCUGAUUGGCCUGGUGACCCGGAAGUGUCUGAGCCAGGCCACAACAAUGGACCAACUGGUUGGAUUUGGCUUGGUAGCCUUUAGCCUCCUUCUUUUUGUUUACUACACCAUCUGGAUUAUUAUACUGCCCUUCAUUGACAGCGAUCAUGGGAUUCAUAAGUUCUUCUUGCCCAGGGAGUAUUCGGUUACCAUUCCUGUGAUCGCAGGGCUCCUUCUGGUGCUGUUUGUAGGGGUUUUUGUAGUGAUUGUGAUGUGGAAGCACAGAAAACCUGCAAAGAAAUCAGACUGAAGACAGCAGGAUUGGAGAGGCAGGCAGAAGGUGCCUGGCCUGGAGUGCGUCAACAGGGACAAGACUUCCACCUGCAGAAACAAGAGGACACUCCACUCUAAGACUCUGUCACAUGCUUGAAUGGACGUUGGACUUUGCUGUGCCCUCUUUCCAUGACCCCUACCCUGAGACUUGUAUCUAGCUAUAGUUUACAAUUUACUGCCCAAAGGGAAGUGAAACUGUUUGACCCACAGGACUCCUCUAGCGAGGGACUAGAACAGCAGCCCUACUGAACCUGUACAUAGGUUGGGAUAAUCCUGGCAGACUGAUGGCUUUGGACUCACACAGUACAAGGACGGUAAUCCUGUACUAAGGUGAUGCUGUUCUGGCACCAGGCAGUGCUAGUGAGCAAAAGACUCAGACUUCAGUGACUUUCCUUCUCUCUGCUGCAGACACCUCCUUUACUUGGUUUGUUUCUUUCAUUUUUUAACUGGCCACUUUAGGUUUUUUAUAGUGGAUCCAAUAUGUGAAAAAACAAGAUCAUGGAUAAAAAAGUGCUCCUCUCUAAAGCUCAAAGGGCAGGUAGGGGAGAGAUCCCCCUCCCCACUUACCUACUGGAGGAGUGGUAAACCAUCAGCAUCUUGUACAAAUGGUGUUACUGCCGAGAGGUCACAUUCCACCCCAGUCCACCUGCUCUUAUGCACACACAGGCAGUCUGUCCUGUCUUAGGAGAAAGGUGGCCUCUCCCCCACGCAUUGCAUGUUAUAGGGAAGCCACAAGCUUUCUAGCCUCCUUCCUGUCCCACUGUGCGGAGGGGGUAAUGGAGAGGUGAGGUCCUCUGCUGUUGUGCACAAGGUUCACUACUGUUCUCCAUGCUGUUCUGUUCUCCGCAGGGUGCAUGCAUUGAAUGGGGAUGGAGAAGAAAGACCUGCUCUGCUGAACAGCAGCUGAGGAAGAAGGGGAGAGGGGCUCAGAUACUGUCCUGAUAAAUGUGGUAUUAAUACUGCUCCAGUGAAGCCACUGGCUCUGCUUUAUACUUAUGAACAACUUUCCACGUUCGUGGUUGGCAUAGGACUGUGAGGGGGAAGAGCAUGCAAGCUGCCUGAAGCUGUGCUUUUUCUGAGCCAGGCAGGGCUGAAGCAGCAGGGUGUUUUCACGCCUUAGCAUGCUGACUUGCUUCAAACCCUGCAGGUAGAGUUCUGGCAGCUCUGAAUGUGAAGAACUGGAGUCUCAAUAAAUAUUAUGCAGUA